GACUGACAGAACAUGACAAUAACAAGACUUGUUUUCUUUACCCAUUUUGCUCAUUUCCCAAGGCUGCUGAUACCACUGGAGGACCCUAUAUUGAUUGUUUGGAGUGACUGGCAGGAUUAUAGGAAAGAAAUUCCACUGGGAACAAAUGGAUGGAGAAAUUAAAUGACUGAUUUAAAUAAAAUUGUUUAUUUAUUCAUUGAAACUGAAACUGUGGAAAGUAACCCAUCCAAGCUUAAGAAAGACAACCAGACAGACCAUGAAUCAGCCUAUGUUAUUUAUUUCUAGUAAUAAUGUUUCCAUCAUUCUUGUAGUCGCCUACCUAACCAAAACCAGUGGUGGUCAUUGAAAAAAAAAAAAAAAAUGUCAAGCCGCAAGCUGUUUUUCUAAUGUGUUUUUCUCACGUUUAUUUGCGUAGAGCGCCCCCUAUCACCUAAACACUCUGUCGUCGCUGCAUUCGGCUGGAGCGCAUAGAGAAAGCACUGGUUAUGAAACCAAGGUUGCUGUAUUCAUUAAAUGUUACGAUAAUUUGCAGCGUGGCGAAUGGGUAUUGACAACUUCUGCAGCCUUGACGGUUCCGAUCCAUUUUGGGACUGGAAUCGCACAUGGCAGUCCCACAACCCGGACCUGACCCUGUGCUUUCAGAACACCGUGCUGGUGUGGGUUCCUUGCCUCUACCUCUGGAUUUUAUCUCCAUUCUACUACUCAUACCUCAAAUUCAAUGAUCAUGGAUACAUUUGUAUGUCUCACCUCAACAAAGCCAAAACUGUAAUCGGUUUUUUACUAUGGAUUAUCUGCUGGGCAGAUGUGUUCUAUUCUUUCUGGGAAAGAGGCCAAGGACAGGCCCAAGCACCUGUCUAUUUAGUCAGCCCCACAAUACUUGGCAUCACAAUGUUGCUGGCAGCAUUCUUGAUCCAGUAUGAGCGGUUUAAGGGGGUCCAAUCCUCCGGAGUGAUGCUGAACUUCUGGCUCAUCGCUGUGGUGUGUGCCACAGUCUCCUUCCGCUCCAAAAUACUGCAGGCUGUCAAUGAGCCCUCCACUGUGGAUGUGUUCAGAUACAGCACCUUCUACAUCUACUUCACACUGCUGCUCAUCUCCCUCUUCCUGUCCUGCUUCUCCGACCGGCCCCCUCUCUUCUCACAAGCUGUGAAAGACCCGAAUCCAUGCCCGGAGUCUGGAUCCUCGUUCCUGUCAAAGAUUACAUUUUGGUGGAUAAACAAAUUGAUGUUAAAAGGCUACAAAAGGCCUUUGGAGGAGAAGGAUCUGUGGUCUUUGAACUCAGAGGACCGUUCCCAGAAGGUCGUGCCCCAGCUCGUGCACCGCUGGGUCACUGAGUGCAACAAGGUCAAAAGGCCUUCAGAGAAGACGCUCUACUCCCCCAAGCGCCCGGCGAGGGGGGCCCUCGGGGACAAGAAGGAUGCGCGGCCCCUGGAAGAGUCGGAGAUCCUGCUGGUGAAGACGACGCAAAAGACAGGCGAGCCCUCGCUCUUCUGGGCCCUCUGCCGCACCUUCGGCCCCUACUUCCUGGUCAGCACCGUCUACAAGAUCGUCCACGACAUCCUCAUGUUUGUGGGGCCAGAGAUCCUGAAGCAGCUGAUUGUGUUUGUGAACAACUCCAGCGCCCCCCUGUGGCACGGCUUCUUCUUCACGGGGCUGCUCUUCGUGUGCUCCUGCGUGCAGACCCUCAUCCUGCAGAGGUACUUCCACGUGUGCUUCGUCACGGGCAUGCGUCUCCGCACCGCCAUCAUCGGGGCCGUCUACAGGAAGGCACUGGUCAUCACUAACGCAGCACGGCGCACCUCCACGGUGGGGGAGAUCGUGAACCUGAUGUCAGUGGACGCCCAGCGCUUCAUGGAGCUCAUCACCUACAUCAACAUGGUCUGGUCGGCCCCGCUGCAGGUGGUGCUGGCCCUCUAUUUCCUCUGGCAGAAUCUGGGGCCCUCUGUCUUGGCUGGUGUUGCCGUGAUGGUGCUUAUGGUGCCAAUCAAUGCCGUCAUCGCCAUGAAGACAAAAACCUACCAGGUGUCUCAGAUGAAGAGCAAAGACGAGCGCAUCAAGCUGAUGAACGAGGUGCUGAACGGCAUCAAGGUGCUGAAGCUCUACGCCUGGGAGCUGGCCUUCAAGGACAAGGUGUCGGCCAUCCGCGAGAGCGAGCUGCACGUGCUCAAGAAGAUCGCCUACCUGGGCGCCGUGUCCACCUUCACCUGGGUUUGCGCCCCCUUCCUGGUGGCCCUGUCUACCUUCGCGGUGUACGUGCUUUCGGAUGAGAACAACGUGCUGGACGCCCAGAAGGCGUUCGUCUCCCUGGCGCUGUUCAACAUCCUGCGUUUCCCUCUCAACAUGUUGCCCAUGGUGAUCAGCAGCAUGGUUCAGGCCAGUGUGUCCAUGAAGCGUCUGCGCGUCUUCCUGUCCCACGAGGAGCUGGACGAGAACAGCGUGGAUCGCAAAACCAUCACAGGAUCUCCAGACAGUAUCAGUAUUGUGGAGGGCUCUUUCAGCUGGUCCAAAGGCGAUGACCCCACUUUGAAGAGGAUUAACGUGCGUAUCCCAGAAGGCUCCCUGGUGGCGGUGGUGGGUCACGUGGGCUCGGGGAAGUCAUCCCUGCUCUCAGCUCUGCUGGGAGAGAUGCACAAACAGGACGGGGCUGUCAGCAUCAAGGGCUCAGUGGCCUACGUGCCCCAGCAAGCCUGGAUCCAGAACGCCACCCUGCGAGACAACAUCAUAUUCGGCCAGGAGAAGAAGGACAUGUGGUACCAUAGAGUGGUGGAGGCCUGCGCCCUCCUACCCGACCUGGAGAUCCUACCUGGACAGGAUGACACUGAGAUUGGAGAGAAGGGUGUUAACCUGUCCGGUGGUCAGAAGCAGAGGGUGAACUUGGCUCGGGCGGUCUACUGUGACUGUGCCGUGUAUCUGCUGGACGAUCCUCUGUCGGCGGUGGACGCCCAUGUGGGAAAGCACAUCUUCGAAAAGGUCAUCGGGCCCCAGGGCCUGCUCCAGGGGAGGACACGUGUGCUGGUGACCCAUGGCCUGAGUUUCUUGCCCCAGUUUGACAAGAUCCUGGUGAUGGUGGACGGGGAGAUCACAGAGGCCGGCUCCUACACGGAGCUGAUGGGGCGCCAGGGGGCCUUCGCCGACUUCCUCCGCACCUACGCCAACGCUGAGCAGACCGAAGAUGCAACAGAGUGGGAGAGUGAAGAGGAGGAGGAGGAGGUGGAGGAGGUCAAGGAGGAGAAGGGUGGAUCUGAAGACGCCGCCCCUCGGAAAGGCCUAGAAAAUGGAGGUCCUGCUGCCUUGCUGGGUCAGAGCCAGAGUACACUGACCGCUGCGGGCUCGGCCAAGUCCCUGCUGAAGACCGAGAAUGUCACUGAGGCGGCCAAGAAGGCCUUCAGCUCGCCCGAUGCAGCCAAGCUGACGGAGGCAGACAAAGCCAACACCGGGCGGGUGAAGCUCGCCGUGUUUUGGGAGUACAUGAAGGCCAUCGGAGUGUGCCUGUCCGUGACCAGUGUGUUCCUCUUCUUCGUGCACCACCUGUCCUCUCUGGGCUCCAACUACUGGCUCAGCCUCUGGACGGACGACCCCGUUAUCAACGGAACGCAGCCCAACCGCAACAUGCGUCUGGGGGUGUACGGAGUACUGGGCCUCUCACAGGGUGUGGCAGUAUUCCUCUACUCUGUGUCUGUGUCCAUCGGUGGUGUGCUAGCGUCGCGCUAUCUCCACGAGACCAUGCUCUACAACGUGCUGCGCUCACCCAUGGCCUUCUUCGAGCGCACGCCUAGCGGGAACCUGGUGAACCGCUUUGCCAAAGAGACAGACACCAUCGACUCGGUCAUCCCCAGCAUCAUCAAGAUGUUCCUGGGCUCCAUGUUCAACGUGAUCAGCUCGUGCGCUAUUAUCCUCUUCGCCACGCCGUUUGUGGCCAUCAUCAUCCCACCCCUGGGCCUCCUGUACUUUUUCGUUCAGCGUUUCUAUGUGGCCUCCUCGCGGCAGCUGAAGCGCUUGGAGUCGGUGAGCCGAUCGCCGGUCUACACGCACUUUAACGAGACGCUACUGGGCACCAGUGUCAUCCGGGCCUUUGGCGAGCAGCAGCGCUUCAUCCGCGAGAGCGACAGCCGCGUGGACCACAACCAGAAGGCUUACUACCCCGGCAUUGUGGCCAACCGGUGGCUGGCCGUCCGACUUGAGUUCGUGGGGAACUGCAUUGUGAUAUUCGCCGCACUCUUCGCCGUGAUCGCCAGAGAUAACCUGAGCCCUGGGCUCAUGGGCCUGGCCAUCUCUUAUGCUCUGCAGGUCACUGCCUCUCUGAACUGGCUGGUGCGGAUGUCGUCCGAGCUGGAGACCAACAUCGUGGCGGUAGAGAAGGUGAAGGAGUACGGAGACACGGAGAAGGAGGCGCCAUGGACGCUGGAGAGCUCUAAAUUGCCCGCUGGCUGGCCUACGGUCGGUCACAUUGAGAUCCGUGACUUCGGCCUGAGGUACAGACAGGACCUGGAGCUGGCCAUCCGAAACAUCUCCGUCACUGUCGAGGGUGGAGAGAAGGUGGGCAUAGUUGGGCGCACGGGAGCAGGGAAGUCCUCGCUCACCCUGGCUCUCUUCCGCAUCAUCGAGUCGGCCGAGGGAGACAUCCAGAUCGACGGGGUCAGCAUCUCCCAGCUGGGCCUCCACGACCUCCGCUCACGCAUCACCAUCAUCCCACAGGACCCAGUGCUGUUCUCUGGCACACUCCGCAUGAACCUGGACCCGUUUGAUUGCUACUCUGAUGAGGAGGUGUGGAGAUCUCUGGAACUCGCCCAUCUGAAGAACUUUGUCGCUGGUCUGCCAAACAAACUCCAGCAUGAAUGCUCAGAAGGUGGAGAGAACCUCAGUUUGGGCCAGCGGCAGCUGGUCUGCCUGGCUCGCGCUCUCCUCCGCAAGACCAAGAUCCUGGUCCUGGAUGAGGCCACGGCUGCUGUAGACAUGGAGACGGACAACCUGAUCCAGUCCACCAUCCGCACCCAGUUUGAGGACUGCACCGUCCUGACCAUCGCCCACAGGCUCAACACCAUCAUGGACUACACCAGAGUUCUGGUUCUGGACAAGGGGCAGGUGGCAGAGUUUGGGUCGCCCUCCAGCCUCCUGGCCCAGAAGGGGAUCUUUUACAAGAUGGCCAAAGACUCCGGCCUGGUCUGAAGCUGGCUAAGGAGCAGAAGAUGCCAAGUUGGCCAGCUCUUCCUCCCUGCCCACAUGAAGCCUGUCGGGGGGGGGGGGGGGAGUGGGGACACGGUGUCCAUCCCUAGACACUGUCCUCCUCCACUGCACCACCUUGUUACAUUAGUGCUGCACUCCCUGCUGUAGGAACCGCUGGUCAUGAUCAUCCUCUUUCUGUCUUUGUUUCUUUCUGUACUGAUCAUUUUUCUGCUUUUAUCCUCCCCCUUUUCCCCUCCCUUCUCUUUCUGCUUUCAUUAUCUGCUUUUUU